AUGGUACAGACCUCCCCCCCCCCGGCAGCGCUGUGGAACAGUCCGACUCCCCCCGAGUGCGUUAGACCUCCCCCCCCCCCGGCAGCGCUGUGGAACAGUCCGACACCCCCCGAGUACGUUAUGGUCCGUCCCGCCAUCGGGGGCGGGCGGGGCGCUCUGCGGCAGCGCCCAUUGACGGACCGAGGGCUGCCUGCUCGCCAAUUGGUCGCGCUGAGCCGAGUGCCCGCCCCGAGGCGGAGCGGGGGGCCCCUGCCCUCCGCCUAUCUCGGAGCUGGACCGUCAUUGGCGGGCGCCGCUGUCAAUCAGGGCCUGUGGGCGGUGCUCCGCCUCCGGUUGGUAGCUGAGGCCGCCAAUCACCGCGGGGCCCGGGAGAGCGGCUGCUGCACCUACUACUACGAGCUGUGGUGGUUCUGGCUGCUCUGGACCAUCCUGAUCCUGCUGAGCUGCUGCUGCGCGUUCCGGCACCGCCGGGCCAAGCUGCGUCUGCAGCAGCAGCAGCGGCAGCGUGAGAUCAACCUCAUCGCCUACCACGGUGCCUGCCAGUACCCCCCCUCCUCGGGGGACUUCCCCCGCCCCUGCUCCGACACCGAGGGGGGCGAGGGCGGCGGGGGCAGAGUGGUGCCAGGGGGCUGCCCCGGGCGGCACCGGCGGCUCACAGGGGAUUCGGGCAUCGAGGUGGGCCGUGGCCUAGAAGAGGAGGAGGGCGAGCCUGAGGGCUGUGGGGGACUGGGGGGUGGUGGGGGGCCUGGCUCACCCGUGCUGCCUGUCUGAGCCCCCCCCAGGACCCCCAGCUGGGGUCUGGACUCAUCACGGAGCCUCUGGGGGCCCCUUGCCCCGAGUGAAGCCCACCCUGAAUUGUGGCAGGGUCCUGCUGGAGCCCCCUUCCCUCCGAACUGCUUCUGGGGCCUCCCCUGUGAUCCCGAUGCUGCUGCCUGGGGGGGCCCCAUUGCCCGGGGGGUGCCUGACCAUGGGGGUGGGUGGUCCCGGCACAUUCUCUCACCAUUAAAGAGACGUGGAAGUAC